AUGCAAUCUCAACUCAUCGCCUCCAUCCUCACCGUCGUUGCUGCUUUCACUGCUCUCACUUCUGCUGCUCCUACCACGACUAAUAACAAGGUCAACGGUUUAAUCAAGCGUAAGACUUACCACGGCACUGCCACUUGGUACGAACCUGAGUCUCAGGGCGGUCCUAUCGAUGCUUGUACCGGUAGCUCCAUCAGUUCCCAUGACAGAAUUGUCGCCCUUAAUGCUGACCAAUAUGGUGACGAAGACAGCAAAUCCUCAUGGUGCGGUAAGCAUAUCCGAGUGUGUGGUGACAAAGGUUGUGCCAGUGCCAAAAUUGUUGACUUGUGUCCUGAAUGUGGUUACGGUGACCUCGAUCUUACUCCUGUUCUUUUCAAAGAAGUCGUUGGUUCCAAAGACCAAGGUGUUGGUGAAAUCUCUUGGACUCUUGACUAG